UGGGGUCAUGGGAUAAUUAACCUAUUUAGGGCGUAAACGAGGAAAAUCAAUAGACGACGUUUAAGUUGAAAAGAAAAUUUAACUCUCAAUCGAAGUAUUAUGAAGGUGAAAGUGAUAGUGGAUAACGCACCACCUCUAUACCCUGGUACCCUGUUACGAGGAAGAUUUACAUGCACUGUAGAUUCAAGUACUCAAAUAAGAGCAAUAAAAAUAAGAUGUUACGGAAAAGAAUAUACAGAGUGGAGAGGUUCAGGAAAAAACGCACCUACAUUCGUUGGUACUCAUUAUUUCUUUCAAAUGGAAACCAAAUUGUUCGAACCAGAGGAUGGUGUUAUUAAUCCUGGAUUUUACACUUAUCCUUUUACAUUUUUAUUACCUCCUAGUUUACCCUCUACGUUUGAAUUUCCGUAUGGUUAUAUUAGAUACAGUAUAAAAGGAUUUGUUGACAUACCUUUAGCUUUUGAUCCAAAAGACAGAGUGGAUCUUGCAGUGAUUUCUGUACUAGAUAUAAAUACAUUACCUGAAAGUCUUCGUCUACCUUGUCAAGCCAAAGAUGAGAGUAUGAUGGGCUGCUGCUGGGUGUAUAAUACGGAGCCAGUAACUAUGGAAGCUCAAAUAAAUAAAAGAGUUUUUGUAAUUGGGGAAACCAUUAGGAUAAACAUGGAAAUUAAUAAUACUAGUAACGAUAAUGUCGAGCAGUUGGUUGUUAAACUUGUUAGAUGUUUUGUUGCACAUUCAGAGAAUCCUAGGCAUGAUAUGAGAUAUAUAAAUGAGGAUUUAACAAGCAAAACAAUCACUGGUGUAGGGGCACAUGGUCAGCAGACAUAUGAUGUGAAUCUUCAGAUACCUCAUGAUCUAGCUGUUCCUAACAUGGUAGAAUGUCAACUUAUAGAAUCAAUUUAUCGUUUAGAAGUUACUGCCAGCACUUCAGGGUUGAAUAGAGAUUUGAAUUUUGUGAUCGCAGAAAUAAAGGUAGGACAUAUAGAAGGACCUCUUGAGUCUGUUGCUUCAUCCAGUUCUUAUCCAAAUCAAUCUUCAUACACUUCUACAUACAUCCCACAAACGUCAGGAUACCCUUAUCCUCCAAACGAAAAGAGUAAGAAUGCUAUAGGUUUUGAGGCAAGAGAUCCUAGUGCACCCCCAGCCUACAAUGAAUGAAUGAAACUGAAAUGAUGUAUGAAAUUUGCACAAAAAUGAUCUUUGCUCCUUACACUAGACCAUAACUGUCCAAAAUCGAAAAUCCAAAAUUUUCAUCAAAAUCAUUUAGUGCCAAGAGAUCAAUUGCAAUUUCUGAACAAAAAUAUUUUGCAACUUUAUACGCCUUAGCAAUACAUAGUAGAACCAGUUGAGAAAUGAUUGUUGAUCUAUCUCACUAUUCAAAAAUUUGAAAAAAAGAUUGUGUUUUGUGAAGUACUUCAUCGACGACAAAAUAUACAUACCUAUAUAAAAAUACAUUUAAUUUCACAAAAAUUAAGAACCGAAAAUAAGCUAAUUUUGAUAUAUUUGUUAGCAAAAUUGCUUAGACACAUUGAAUAAUAAAAUACAAUUUUUUUAUGUUAAUGCCUCUUGUAUUAGUAGAAUUGGUAUUAACAGAAAUUGAUGUGGCAGAUAUAUCGUGUUUAUAAAAAUUCGUUUUUCACAUCAGUACUUAAAUGGACAAUAAUUGAUUGUGUCUCUACGCUCCUCCAAACAAUUUUUUUGAUGAGUAAAACAUUCUUAUUGCUUUUGAUACUAUUGUUGUAUGGUCUGAUGUGGUCAGCAAAGAUAUCCGUUGCAUUAUAUAUAUUGCAUGACUGUAAUGGAAUUCCAGUAACUUCUUUCAUGUGUUUGCUAAUAUAUUCUUCGCUAUUCUUGUAGAAAUGGGUAUCUAGUAUUUAGUUAUUAUUUUUUAUUUGAUGGUUACCAACUAGUUAAGUUGUAGAACGAGUUGAUAAUUUCAAAUGUUGUUCCAGCAUCUAUUUAGAUGUCGAAGUCAAAUUCCUUUUAUUGUAUAUUCUAAAUUCAACAGUAGUCAGUUAGGUCUGGGAUUUUGGUAGAUCUCAUAGAGGCAUAGAAAAGUCAGGUUAAAAAAUACAUGAUAUUCAUAAUAUUCUUAUCUUUUGAUUUUAUAUGGAUUUAUUAAAUACAAAAUUAAUUUCAUAACGCUAGAAUUUUAGCUUUCUUAAAUAUAGAUAACUAAUCUACUUACUAUGGUUGCAGUACUGAAUGGAAUGCAAAUUAUUUGCAAAAUAUUUUUGCAUCUUGAAGAUAUUGGAAUAUUAUAAUAAUUACUGACAGUUAUUGUUAUGAAUUGUAUUGAUAUGUGUGGAUGAAUAUAUUAGUACACAUAUGUAGGGCCGUCGCCAGUCAUUUUGGCCCUCCAGCAAAAUAAAAUUUCGCCGCCCUGUUUUUCCGCAUUCGAAUAUUCGAUUUCAUUAAUAUUGGCGCUAGGAAGUUUAUUUUAUUUCACUACAAAGUGUAAUAUUUUCACUAAGAAAAAUUUUUGGUGCCAAAAAGUUUGUCAUGUUUUAUUAAGCGACUUUGCGCCUCUACAAGUUGCCGCCCCGGCAAAAUGUCUGGUAUGCCGGUCCUGGCGGCGGAUCUACAUAUAUGUUCUUUUGUACAUUGUAGAAUUAGGUUUUUGUUACCCUAUGCAGCCAGAACAGACCUUGAUUAAUGUUUGUUUAUUGUUUUCAUGUGGGAAUUGAAAUAUUUGUUUUUUUUUUAAUUUUUAAUGACCAUUUGCUUCACUUUCAAACUGGGCAGAAUUUUUUUUUUGUCAACCAAUAUUUAGUAUACAAGGCGAUUUAUCAGCUCACCGACCAAUUCUGCCAUAUGGAAGGUCAUGUAAUUCUAACAAAAAAAAAAAAAGAUUAUGGCAUCAUAUUUCUGCUUUCAAUUAAAGGAAAUAAAUGACUUCAAAAGUAUAAUUCAUGUCUAUUGAUAUGAUUUAUUAAUAACAAAAGAAUAUGCUUCGAAACAAGCGUAAAUACACUUGAUAGUUUAUUGUCAGUAGGUAUUCUAAUUAUUGUCGUGUUCUGUUACACUAAAAUUGCAGUAUGAAUUUAAGACUUGGUAUAGUGUAUCCAAAGUCACUUGGACGAAGCCAGAACAUUUCAAUUCUGCUAGGGUUGUUCAAGUUUCCAGAAAUUCUUUUGUGUCAGUGAAUUUAUUUAUUAAUUAUAUCAAGUAUACAUAUGUACGCUUGGUUCUAAGCAUCCAUUUUUGUUAUUAAUAAAUCAUAUCAAUAUCAAUGAAUGAAACUUUUGAGGCCAUUUAUUUUCUUGAAUAAUUAAAAUCGUACAUAUGCUCCCAUAAUGUUAUUCUGUUAAAAUUACAGGAUAUUUCAUACGGUGAAGUUUGUCGGUGAGCUAAUGAAUCACCCUGUAUAUUGUUUCUAUAUUUUUUUUUCAGAAAGUAUUAGAUACAUCUAUAUUUUGACUUUGAUCCCAGUAACUAAACCAUUAUUUUAUUUAGACUACACACUACUCUUUAAACUUUUCUCUAUCCAACAGAAAUAUCGGAUUCAAGGAUAAUUCAAGUAAGGCAACAACAAAUAACAUGAGUUAUUUGAGUUGUUCUAUGUGUUGCCAUUGAAUGUUGAAUUAUUCAGUAUUGCCGCAUGCGAUGUUUGUCCUUCAACUACGUGUACUUUAUGCAUGUAAGAAUGUGUAGCAUACUUCUCUAACCCAUUCCAUUCAGAUAACUUCUCUUCCUAAACUAUAAAGGCAGUUGCUUUUUUGUGCUUGAACAGAAAAAAAGCAAUUUUGGCGGAUAAAUACGUGUAUUAUUGUAGAUUGAUGAUCAUUUUAUUCAUUGUUGAUAAUACUACUGACGCCUUAGACAUGAGAGCUAUUGGAUAUUGGUGGUAUUAACUACCCUUCUAUGACGGUCAGCAUGCCAAAUAGUAAUUAUUUUUUUGGAGACUGUAAGAUAAAUGUCGAAUUUUGUUUAAAAAAUAUCUUAAUAAUUUGAGACAGUCAUUUACUGGUUUAAAGUGUCUGCUAUUGAUAGUUUGGAAUAUUCUGUUAAACAUUUUCAGAGGUUAGCGUCUAUUAUUCAGCUGUGUUUGAAGGGCUAAGCAACAAAGCUUAACCAGAAUACCAGAAUAGGUGUUCCUAACUUAUUAUAUGUCUUUAAUCAUCCUAAAAGUACUUACCUGUUUGUGCUAGCAGGAAAUCUUCUUUCUAAUAUCUAAAUACAAAAAUCUGGGCGUAUCUUCUAAUAACCAGAAUUUUUACUUGAAAUGCUAUAUGUUUUAAGGCGAUAGCUGAGAAAUUAUUUUGUUGGUUGUGUCCUUAUAAUCCCCAAAGGUACUUUUCGAGAGGUUAGUGUACCAAACUACUUCCCAAUUUGCACUUAGUCAAAUUUAUGAUCUGAAGAUAAUACUGUUCAAUGUUUUCACGACUUUUGCUAGCUUACUCACUUUGUGAUUUUAUUAUAUUGUUGUUACAUUCGUUUAUACACUGUUUUACUUCUGAUAGAUUUUAUACAAUUUCUUUUGUUGAAAAAGUUAAAGUUGUAAAAGACUCCUGGCAUCUUCUUUUGAAUACCCGAACUACCUGAAUUUCAGCUAUAAGCUCUCAAAGCUCUGUGGGAUUGUUCAGAAAUUCUUAUGUCCAUGGUAUUUUAAACAUCAGUAUACUCAUACUGGUAAUAGGCGAUCAUAGUUUUUCAUUCAUGUUGAAACGGUGGAGGAAACCCCUUUUUUUAUCAGAUUAUUCAAUUGUAGGAAUCCUUUGAAAUGGUUAAUAACAUUUAUUUACAAAUAAGAUUUGAAGUUUCAACUUCCUUAUGACUGUAUUUAACUGACCAUCAUCUGUAGUUCUCUGAAACGUACUAGAAACUAAAGGCUAUAUAAAUAUAAACCGAUUGUAAAAUGGUUUUUGUGACGUUGUUUAUCUAUUAUUACUCGCUUUUGCUCCCUUUUGGCUUAGUUACUUUGUUUAAUUUUCAUAACUUCGGAAAUCCUAACUACUGAUUAAUCCUUAUUAAAAAACUGGACCGAUGUUGUUGGUUAAAACAGAAUUAAAAAAAAAAAAACGGUUCGAAAGUUUUUAUUAUGUAGCAAUAUAAAAAAAAUGUCCUAUAAUGUAAUAAAGUCCAGUACAAAUUUCCAUUGUGUUGUUCGCAAGGGCAGUGGAUAAUCGAUUUAUUAACUGUUUUUUUAUUACGAUGGCAAUUUGCUCUGCCUCCAAAACGCGACAGCUGGGCCCCCUGCACCCUCUAUGGGGACUCGUCUGUCCUCAACAUCAUGCAUUACAAGCUAGUCCGCGCUUACAAGG